CCGUUCGUUCGACUAGAUCGAGGAGAAAGUGAGCAGUGCGUCUACUAGUGGACAUUGAUACUAGUGCAUACUAUCGUGUCUAUUGUGCUGCAAAUACAAUUUGUGAUUUUCCUUCUUUAUACACUUGUUGCGUACUAGAAUGUGUGCAGUGCGAGUCGAAAAACGGCUGCAAAGCUAGAUGCAGCAAUAAUUCCAAUAUGCCAUGUUUGCGUUGGGCAGUGUAGUGUCUGUGUAACGUGCGUAACGUGGAUAGCAACCCGAAUGGUGCGCCUUAUUUCCUGGGAAAAAGAAAUCCUCCAACUUUGAACUAUUGUUCCUGGAAGCGACGUAAAACUGUUUCUUGGAAAUUGACAGCAACCACACGGCGCUCACGCACACAUGCAUUCGGCUUUAGGUUGUCGGCUGUGUUGGAUUUAGGCAAAGCGACGCAAUACGAAGCGUGUAACAAAACAUAAUAUCAAAAGUGGUAACACUACUACAGAAUCCAGUCGUCAUGUAUCGUGCAGGGAUUGUAAUAUUAAUCUGCUGGAUGUGCUGUUUGACCAAUUCGUCAAAAAUCAAAAGUCAAAAUUUGUCACUAGGAUGGAUUACCCCCCGUGAACCUCUAUACAUACAGGUGAACGAUUCGUUUUCAUUGCAAUGUACGCUUAAUAUGCAUGCCGCACGUGGAUUAAACAGCAGCAAUCUUAUGUUCUACCUAGGCGAUAAACCUGUUCCGCGAGAACAAGUGAAGAUACUGAAUGCUUCUACUAUUGAGCUCACGGUCAAGCGGGCAGUGCCAGAGCCGAACUAUGGGUACACAUGCACAUUGAACGAUAAAAAUGGUGUUGAGAUGCGCAGCGUCUACGUCGGUCACAAACCGCGCGAGGUGAAAGACUUCAAGUGCCGUGACCCGCACUGGUCUAAUAAGAUGGUGUGCACCUUCACGCCGGAUCCAAACACGAUACCCACGACGUACAAAUUGAAGUUAAGCUACCCGUCCGCCUUUCAAGAUUAUGACUGUAAUCUCGAAACAGAUGACCAGACGAAACAAACAAAGUGCAUCAUUGAUGGCAGGAUGGGGUACCAGAAUUUCAGGGAACUGUUCCGUUUUUAUCUGACCGCAGAAAAUGAGCUAGGCACGUUGAAUCAGGAUUUCACCAUCAAUCAGUUCGAUGUGGUCGUUCCGCAGGAACCCAAAGAAUGUGCUUUUCAAAAUAUCACGUCCGACAGCGCGGUACUGACGUGGAAACAUUGGUACAAGUAUAAAGAAUUUACCUAUCGAAAGUUUAAAUUUGAAGUCAAGCUACUGUCCAAAUUUGACAACAAUGUAUGGCGCACAGCUAUCAACGACAUCCUAUUACUGAAAGGUGAAGAGUAUACACUACCUCUGGAGAACCUUCCAUAUGCGGCAACUUCCUACGACGUACGUAUCAGGAUGCGCACUAAUUCGCCUGAGGAAGGUGAAGAUAUGUGGUCGAAUUAUACGGCUUGCCUGUUCAAUACAUUACCCCGUAAACCUGAUAUACCACCGGAUGUAGCCAUUGGUGGCUUCGAGGAUUCUACCGAACAUCAUCUAUUCGUGUACUGGCGGAAAUUAGACGACUGGCAGCAUAAUGGCAAUGGAUUCUACUACAAUAUCACAAUGAUUGGACCGAAUGGAACAAUUAUUACUCACCUAAACACUACAAAAGGUGUGAUCGACCGGCAUCAUGUUGCUGACAUGGAUUACACGUUCAAAAUACGCAGCGUUAAUACAGAGGGCUUUUCGAAACAUAGCAGUGAGGUGUUUGUUCCUAGCCGCCGGCAUCGUCUCGGGAAACCUUUGAUCGACAAGUUGCUCUCUGAUUCGGGCAAGUUCACGCUAUCUUGGAAGCCCCCUUUCAAUGCUCAUGCUACGAUCACUAGCUAUACGGUAUUCUGGUGCAAUACAACUAGCAACUCUCCAAAUGAUUGCAAUGGAUCAAUCAAUUUUACAAGCGUCGCGCCGGAUCAGACUACUUUUAUACUAAGCGAUGCCGGAUCAACGCUUAAUUUUGCAGUAGCAGCAAAUGCAGGAAAUCUAUCAUCAGGUAUGGUAUGGGCGGCUUGCACAGCCACGCACAAAUCUGACAUCGGCAAGUUGAAAAUUAUCUGGAUCACCGAGAUGAUGUCGUCGUACAUUUAUCUGAAGUGGAAUACCGAGUGCGGAGAUGUAGCACACACGGGAUACAUUAUCUACUACUGCCCGAUCUCGAAUCCUCGCACACUCAGUUGCAAGGAACCGGAACUUUCGGUUAACGUGACGAACAAGAAUCAGCAGGAAUGCCAGUUGGAAAACCUGAAACCGUACGUUACUUAUAAGAUUGAAAUUGCCAUGUACUCUGAGACGCAAAUGGGUCCUCGGAGCGAACCGUUAGUCAAUACGACAAGGGAGGCAGCUCCAUCGCCACCACGAAAUUUGAUCGUUCGUAAAAUAACGAAUAGCAGCAUAACCCUGCACUGGGAACCUCCGGAACAUAUCAAUGGAGGCAAAAUGAGCUACGAAAUCAGCUACAAUGGCCAUCCGUUGAAGUACAAUGUUGAAGAACUGGAAACAGAAGAGAACCAAACGCUCGAACAUCUGGAUGCAUUUACCGAGUACAAUAUUAGUGUACGUGCUCUGACAAUCGGGUUUUCAAAUGCCAGCGCACCUGUGCGUGUUCGAACGCUGGUAGGAAAUCCGCAAACGAUCGGACAACCAAGCACCAAUAGUUCGAACGGUUCAAAGCUAACCAUUAGUUGGAACCCUCCCAUGAAGCCUUCUGGUUGUGUGGAAUUUUAUGAGUUGAGGGUGAAAGCGAAGCAGACUGUUACCUAUCAACAGCGCAAAACCGAGUGUCAACUUCGUGAAGCAAUAUGCCAAAAUCGUGAUAGUUCGAAGUAUGAAUUUCUGGUGCGUGCAGUAAACAUAGACAUUGCCGGACCAAAUGAGGAUGCGUUUGAGAAGCUUUCAUGCAACGAUCGUUGGGCGGAAUUGAAUAAAAUGUGGUCUGAUUUGAGGCGACAUGUAGCUUAUGCAGAUUGUGGAACAUACGAUGCUGAAUCUACUUGGCUUAAUGCACCGCCGUCUAACAUAAGGCUGCAUUAUGGCCCCUGGUCUGAGCCAUUGGCGCACUGGUGCUCGAUGGAGAACAAAAAUGCUUUACAUCCGUUUAUGUUGAUAGGAUUUAUCAUGAUGUGCUCUGUCAUCGUGCUUGGAUAUUCAUACAUCCGAGUAAAACACGUACUGCAGGUGAAGGUUAUAAUUCCAGACGGUCUGAAUGACAUAACUGGAUCAGGUAAACCAGGAUUUAAUUCUGUGCUUGGACCAACUGCUAUCAUCUUCACGGAGCACCAUCGCGUCGAUCACAUUAUAACGGGAGGUUCCAACAAAGAAGCCAGUUAUAGCAAAGAACAAAAUCAAUGUCUCCUACCUUCAUCUUCGUCCUCCGGAGGAAGCAUCGCGGACUUGAGCGGCCAUGAUCAACGAUCCUCAGCUGAUUACUGCAGUAACAGUGGAUGCUGUGAGGACGAUAGUACUAGCUUUUAUGACCAGGAAGCGGAACGCCAAGAUCUGCAUGGGUAUAGCGACGAAACAACGGAAUCAAUUGGAAAUAGUCAGGAACACGAUAGGCACUUGGGCAGCACUAGCCGCAGAUCAAACGAGAUAGACUCAUCAUUCGGACAUAUGAGCCAAAGAAAAACAAGCUCACCAAUGCACGUGAUGGAAGGCAAUAAUAGCAGUCAAAAAAGAACAUCCGCAAUGCCGAUUACCGUCACAUCUGGAUAUGUACCAGCACCGGUAGUGAACACCAUCAAACAACCUAUCAGCUCAAAUGGUUAUUUGCAAAUAGGAGCACUGACUAACGGUAGCAUGCUGGCGCCAUUGAACACGACGACGAUGCAGAAAUCGUUGAGUGCUAAAAUAGCAGCAGCUCCUAUAUCAGGUUACGUAACGCAUAAGCAGCUAUCAGAUUAUGGACAACACUUAAAAUAAGUCGUGUUGCAAGGAUUGACUGAAAUAAUGGUCCUUAGGCUAAUGGAUAGUAAUAAUGCCCACAGCGUAGAGAAAUUAGUAUAAAAGAUCAACUUUUUGUGGCAAAAAAUGUUGUUUUUACACUAUCUGCUGGACAAGACAGAGAAUGUUACCCCGACGAUUUUACACCCCCGUAUACAUGUAAUACUAAAAACACAAGCUUUGUCUAACACAUAUAAACACAACACGACAUAGCACAUAUAUGGAACAAUGCAGUACUUUACUGUGACCAAAAAAACGACAGUAAACACUCAUUUGUAAUCGGUAACAUCUCUUAAUAUGCCAUUUUUCCACAGCCAACGUGUAAUAUUCUUUCUUGUUUCAAUAAUUGUUCUCAGCGAAAACGUGUGAAAGAAUUGUUCAGUGAAUAGGUGAUACUCGCUUUUUGCUCAAUUUGGACCGAUGUAACCCGGUGUGUAAACUAUCAAAGGAAUCCUAUUCGUACCUGUAUAUGUGUGUACAUGAUCUACUGGACUGGAAAACACAACAGCGAUAUAGCCGAGCUUAGUUUAGAAUGCAACUAAACAUCAAUCUGCACAGUUCAAGGUGUUAGGUCACCUAUUUUAUCGUAGUCAGGUAUAGACGUAUUUGUGUAUGUGUACAUGUUAAAUGAGAUACGGUGUUAAUUCACAAUGCACGUUUCACGAUCUGAUCCUACAUCUUUUACCACAUCUUUCUUUAACCAUCCCCUUGCUGUGCUGAUGAACAGAUCUUUUUAGUUAUUCAACCUUUCGAUGUAAACAACUGCUAAGGUGUAAGAGAAAUAAAAUAUACAGCGAAGGACACUGCAUACUUACGACCAAGCUGUACCCUGUA